GCAGCACGCCACCACCCCGCUCACGCCCCCACCCCGCUCCCUCGCCUCCUGGCUGACCUCGAGGGGCCUGGGGCGCACGCAGGAUGAGACCACCGCCUGCAUCCCCCACGACAUCUACGUCGUCGGCACCCAGGAGAACUCCCUGGGCGACCGCGAGUGGGUCGAGUUCCUCCGCGCGUCUCUGAAGACCCUGAUGGCCAUCGACUACCNNNAGGUGGCCCUGCAAUGCCUCUGGAGCAUCAAGAUCGUGGUGCUGGUGAAGCCUGAGCAUGAGCGGCGCAUCAGCCACGUCCACACCUCCAGCGUGAAAACUGGGAUCGCCAACUCCGCAGGAAACAAGGGAGCUGUGGGCGUCUCCUUCCUUUUCAAUGGGACCUCCUUUGGCUUCGUCAACUGCCACCUGGCCUCUGGCAGCGAGAAGACCCACAGGCGUAACCAGAACUACAGUGACAUCCUGCGCUCGCUGGUCCUGGGCGACAAGCGGCUCAGCGCCUUCGACCUCACCCUGCGCUUCACCCACCUCUUCUGGUUCGGGGACCUCAACUACCGCCUGGACAUGGACGUGCAGGACAUCCUUGCCCACAUAACCAAGAAGGAGUUUGAAGCCCUUCUUGCUGUGGACCAGCUCAACAUGGAGCGGGAGAAGAACAAGGUGUUCCUGCGAUUCAGUGAGGGUGACAUCUCCUUCCCUCCCACCUACCGGUACGAGCGGGGCUCCCGGGACACCUACAUGUGGCAGAAGUUCAAGCCGACGGGGAUGAGGAUCAACGUCCCCUCGUGGUGCGACCGCAUCCUGUGGAAGUCGCACCCAGAGACCCACGUGGUCUGUAAUUCCUACGGCUGCACCGACGACAUCGUGACCAGCGACCACUCGCCCGUCUUUGCCACCUUCGAGGUGGGAGUGACAUCACAGUUUGUGCCCAAGAAGGCUCUGGCAGCUGGUCCCGAGCCCCUGGCAUGCAUCGAGUGGGAGAGCAUCGAGGUGAUGGUGAGAACCACCAGCCGCAGCAAGUGCUACAUCGAGUUCCACUCCUACUGCCUGGAGGAGGCCCAGCAGAGCGGGGAGAACACGUCCCAGAGCUGUGAUGUCCCCGGCUUCCUCAAGCUGGGCUGGUCCGCCAAGAACCUGCCUGUG